AUGACUGAAUAGUUGGAGAACCUCAGAAAUUUCAAUCAUUAUGAGUUUAAUUCAAAUGUCAAGGUUACUUUGGCUGAGUACAUUUGGAUUGACGGAACUGGGCUAAGCUUAAGAUCAAAAACCAAGGUAUACAUAAAGGUUUAAUGUAUAGGUCUUUCAUCAUGAGAUCAAAUAACUUUCCGAUCUUGAAUGGUGGACUUAUGAUGGCUCAUCAACAGAAUAAGCCAACACAAAGUGGUCAGAGAUCUAUCUGAAGCCUGUGGUUUUCGUUCGGGACCCUUUCCGAGGUGCUCCACAUUUACUAGUAUUAUGUGAAACUUAUCUUCCUGAUAAAAAAACUCCGGCAAGAUAUAAUUUUAGGUAAGAGCCAUACGAAUUCUAUAUAGAUGGUUAGCGUAGGAAAUAAUGGAAAAGGCAAAAGAGUAUAAUCCUUGGUUUGGAAUUGAAUAGGAGUAUUAUCUACUAAAGAGAACAGGUACUACCCAUACCUGGCCUCUUGGUUGGCCCAAUGGUGGAUUUCCACAUCCUUAAGGGAGAUAUUAUUGCUCAAUUGGAGAGAGAAACAAUUUUGGUCGUGCUUUAGCCGAAGCACAUCAAAGAGCUUGUUUGAAUGCUGGUUUGAAGAUAGCUGGAAUAAAUGCUGAAGCUGCACCCUCCUAAUUUGAAUUUCAGAUAGGUAUAGCUCAAGGCAUCGAAGCCGGAGAUCAUUUGUGGUUAGCAAGAUAUAUUCUAGAGAGAAUUGGUGAGGAAUUCGGAAUUGAUAUCAAUUAUGAUCCAAAACCGAUCAAAGGAAAUUGGAGUGGAUCUGGUGCUCACUUCAACUAUUCUGAUUCCAAGACUAGAAGUGAAGGAGGCUAUGAAUAUAUACUGAAAACACUAAUUCCAGAACUUGAAAAAUAUCAUGAAUAAUCGUUAUUUCUUUAUGGAUCUAAUAACAUAGAUAGACUAACAGGUGCUCAUGAGACAAGUGAAUAUGGAAAAUUCACUUGGGGAGACGGUUCUAGAGGUGGUUCAGUUAGAGUUCCAAUCAUAACCAAAGAAUUGGGCAAAGGGUAUACUUGGUGUUUUCAUUAUUUAUAGAUAUUUUGAAGAUCGAAGACCUGCUGCUAAUAUUGACCCAUAUUUAGUAGGAUCAGUGAUUGUCGAUAUAACUUUGCUUGGAGGAACCUAUUUAGACAAAUUGAAGCAAGAGCUACACAAAUCAGCACAACCAUUAUAAUGA